AUGGCAAGACAGUUGCUAUUUGCGCGUCUCAAAGGCGCUCUGACCAGCACGUCAGCUCCCUCGCCCGUCAGCGCCGGCGACGACGAAGUGUUGGUUGGUGAUAUCAGACCGGACGGCCACAUGCGACUGUACGCCUUUUACACUCCAGCUCUAGGAGGCGGCGAGUAUACCGUGUCGGCAUCUCAGCAAGUGACCGCGUACCGGGUCAGCGAGGCUCAGUCAGUUCCACCCAUUGUCAACCACCGGCUAAUCCCAUCAUCUGGUCAUCCAAGCACUUUGGUCUCCGAGCCAACUCCGCAAGGUUUCAAUGUCAUUGCUCCACAGUUUUCGCUAAAUCCAAAAUUGAUCAACAGCUACUAUCCUACUGCACAAGACGAAGGCAGAGUUCUGCCUCACAUUGUCUUCAACGACCCACAUGUUCCAUGGUUACGGGACGCUGGCCUGACAGCCUGGGCUACCAAGCCCAUUGCAAACCUAUCCGGCGAUGGCGCGGACUGGAGUGGACGCACAAAGGUGCCUUGGAUGGCUCUGAUGGUGUUCGACCCAGCAGACUUGGUCGUCGAUUCUACGGCGGCCGGUUUGUUAGGGCUUAGUGCGCUUGAGUGCUGGAUGAAAGCCACGGGCAAGCCUCCGGUUAACUACUCGUACGACAUGACCGUAGCCGAGUUUCUUGGCCUGAAAAGUCGUGUCGCUGUGGAUGCGUUCGACCCAAUCUCCGACGUGCAGCAGGCUACGAAGGUGAUCUUUCCGAAAAAGCAGCAAGUCAAAGACGUGUUCGGGCAGGACCCUAAUUCGCUCACACCGCUGAACGCGCUCCAGAUGUUGUCACAUGUGAGGCACGUCAACAAUAAAGGUCUUCCUGAUUACGACCCGACGCUCACGACAUACUUCUCGGUUCUCAUCUCUUCCAUGUCGGGCGACAUCAAGAUCCAGCAACCGACCACGCACAUCGUGCACCUUGUCUCAAUUGAGAACCUGGACAGUACUUUCGACCCUACCAGAAGCAACGGGAUCAGCGGUCCAAGCGAGCGCAUGGCUCUUGUAUCGCUUUUCUCUUGGGUGUAUUCCUGCGUCCCCGAUAGUGUGGACUUUGCCACUACCAUGAACGCGCUAGCGGCUUCAUCGCAACCGUUGCGGCCUCCCGACCCAGUCUUGGAUGGUAUGGUAAGCGCAUUGCCAAAAGAUGCUACGCCUGCGCAACUGUCGGCCGCCAAUGCACUUUUUCAGCGACUGAAGCAUGGCUACACCAUUUCACGGUGGCGCAAUGCAGUGGGCGAAGUCAGCAUGGCUUUCAACCGAAGUCCGCUUGUACCAAAACAUUUACCGAGUGUGGUGCAGCCGACUACGUCUGGUUCAGCGGUCACUCUUCCGCAACCGCCAACGGAGGACUGGCCGACCUACUCGAUGUCCGGGAAAAACUACCAGAUAUUCGACAGGAAUGUUGGGAUGCUCGAUGCAACAUACGCCUCCGCGUGGUCACUCGGCAAGCUCACAGCCAUAUCUGACUCGACAUUCAUUGCAGCGUUGACUCGUUUUCGCAGCAGAGCUACUACGAUGGCUGUGUCGCAGACGCUGUUGGCAGUCAAUGGAAUUAGCAACAAGAGAACCGUCCUCGCGCAUGCCGCGACGUCUCUUUCAGCAGCGACUGGGCUUGCAGCGGGUGGGUUCAAAGGCGACGUGGCAAGAACCAGAGUUCCGAGUAGCACCACGAGACCACAGACGACUAUUGACAGCGACGUGAGAUCUAGCUUGCCAAAAGCCAUUGGUGCGGCCGUCCGUAUCCGAGGUCUGUCAACUGCUGGCGCUGUACAUACUGGACUGGACGCUGAGAAACCAGUCGACUCGGACUGGGAGACGGUGUCCAACUGGGUGCAUGAUGCGUUGUAUCUUGGGCACGUCCCGGCGUUUCAUCUGUUCCCGGACCCUUCGUUCCUUCGCGAACAUCUUGAUCCUUCGACACUGCCAAAAGACAUCACGAAACUUCAUCCGGAAGCACUACGUUUCUUCAGUGUUGACGGGACUUGGCUGGACUGCUUCAUUGACGGCGCACUAAGUUCCGCAAAUCACACCGACCCUCAGCGUGAUGAAGUUCGCCUCGCCAUAAAGAAGGUCAUCAACGAGGCGCUGCGAACAGGUGGACCCUCCGGCACCCCAAUUCCAGUUCCUGUGUCUGGCUUUGUGAUUCGAUCGGCAGCAAUCAAAGCUACGCCCGAUCUACGAGUCACUGUUACAAGAUGGAGUUUCUCCAACAGUCAAUGGACUGAAGACGUGCAGCAUGAUCCUCUUCUACGUCUUACUCACCUUGACGACUUCACUAUCUUUUGCUUGCUGGAUUGUGGUCUGGAUGAGGUGGCCAAGAUCACGCUUGCUCAGCCGCCACACCAUCAACGUUUCGCAUUCUCCGUCAAUCCCGACUUUGAUCGCGACACAGGUGCCUACAAGUCGUUCACGCCGGAGUUCAAGGUUAGAGCCCUAUAUACAAAUCCAGGUCUGGCACCGGAAGCAGCCGGAGAGGCUGGAAGCUGGCCGGAACUGUCACCGCCGUACCAAUUACUACCGAAUGAUGAGCAAGGGUUCUACAACGAUGCCACCCGAUGUAUCGCUGCGGACGCCAUCGUCCGCAAGGUGGUCGGCAAGCUAUCUGCGUGGAACCAGGCGGCUGAUGCGUCCAAACGCCCGUACACGGACUCUGUACCCGACAGCGCUGUGAUGGGAUUCGAACUCGGCGACCCUGCCUACCAGCUCGAGAUUGAAGGAGUCAUUCCGGGAUCAGACACAGCUUUCUCCCAUCCGCCGAGACAGCUGUGGACAGGCAAUGACACGACCACGAGUAGCUUGCCAGCGCCCAACAAUACAUCAACCAAUCAAGGCCUUCUAAAGCUCAUUGCCGCCGGCCAGCGCCCGGCCUUGCCCGCACGCGUUUCUCUGAAUAGAAGUGCAGUCGUCCGGCACGUGCUUGCGGCAGGUGCUCCUACCAGAAAGCCCAAUGUCGCACCUCCUGCUGACAUGAAGGAUUGCCAAUUCGAGCUACUCGUACAUCCCGAUUACCGCCAGCCUCCACCCCGACCGAAGCCGCCAUACAAGUUCGAUGCGCGAGCGUUAUACAGCCCACAGACACAACUUCCGGCUGCUCCGAUCUCUCUUUACGACCUGAUCUUCGCCGUUCGAAGACGUCCUCGUCAUACAGAGGGCAAAUGGCAGCUGAAAAAGAUCACUAUAGAGGUUCCCGUGCAAGAUGGUAGCGACACAAAAAGCGCAAGCGACAUCAUUUGGCGCGAUCCACUGCUGGCCGCUACGGACUACGCGGGCAGGGGUCUUCGAAUGACGGGCAAUCAUCGCUUCAUCCCCACUUUGCAAAGUACGCUCAGCAGCGAUGAUGGGAAAGAAUGCCUCUGCAUCACAUUGGUGCCUCGCAGUGGGCAAGCGGAAGGAACGAUGCUUUUGAAGGAUGACGGAGCUUCCGCUGAAGGAAGUGUACGUCUGACUGACGCCCGCCUGGCGCCGAUUGUCGACACGCGGAGGAAAGUGCUAAUCGCGCAACCGAACAACGCGCCGGCUGUAUCGACCUCGGCCGGUCUCUGCUUUGUCAAAAUGACGGAGGUGUACAACAGCGGCCAACAGAACCAGCAGUCGUGGGCUGUGGUUCUCAAGACUAGCAUGCGCGACAAGGAUGCACGGGGCAAUGAGAUGUAA